AUGGAAAUCACCAUCACAUUAAGAGAAGUAAUCAAACCAUCUUUGCCCACACCAGAUGACCACAGAUUCUUCCCACUCUCUUUGUUUGAUCAGCUUCAACUUGUCACCUAUUUGCCAAUGGUUUUGUUUUACCCCAAGAAAGAAGGGUUCUCGGAACCCUCUCAUAUUUGUUCUCAGUUGAAACGGUCACUAUCCGAGACACUAACCAUUUUCUACCCUGUGGCAGGCAGAAGAGAAGACCACACCUUCAUCACUUGCAAUGAUGAGGGUGCUCUUUACUUGGAGGCCAAGGUGAACCAUACCAUGGUUGAGUUUCUCACACCACCCAAGCUAGAAUUUCUAAACAAAUUGCUCCCAUGUGAGCCUAACAAGAUGCACUCACACACAGAAGCCUUGCCCCAAGUACUUGUACAAGUCAACAUAUUUAGUUGUGGUGGAAUAGCUAUAGGUACAUGCAAUCUGCACACUCUUCUUGAUGGAUGCUCUGGUAGCCUCUUCCAAACUACUUGGGCUGCUACCUGCAGUGGCUCCAGGGAGAAAGUUCCCUCUCCUGAUUUCAGUUCUGCUUCCUUUUUCUUUCCACCGGUGAAUCAUUUGAGUUUUCAUGACCAUGUUGAUCAAAAUAAUGAAGAUUCAAGUGCACAAAAAAUGUGCACCACUAGGAGAUUUGUUUUUGGUGUAGAAACCAUCGACAUUCUAAGAGCUGAAGCAAAAGAUGACGAUGAUGAUGAUGAACCCUCAAAGCCUCUUACCCGAUAUGAAGCACUGGCUGCUUUCAUUUGGAGGCACAUGACACUUGCAUGCAAGAUGGAAUAUGGGGAUAGCACAACACCAACAGUGGCCAUUCAUAUUGCGGACAUGAGGAGGAGAAUGGGUGAACCUUUCUCUAGAUACACAAUAGGCAACAUUUUGUGGCCAGUGAUGGUGUUUUGUGAAACAAUGAAUGCAGAGACUAGUGGUAGAUAUUUGGUUAGCAUUGCUAGGGAGAAAUUUGGAAAGCUUUCAAGGGAAUUGUUUCUAAGAGUGAAAAAUGAUCCCAGUAUCUUAGGGAGUAGUGAGUGUGUGGAUCUGCCUGAGGGUAUAAAAACAAAAAGUCCAAUUCCAGUUGUCUUUACAAGUUGGUGUGGUUUGAAUUUCAGUGAGCUGGAUUUUGGUUGGGGGAAGCCUUUGUGGGUUGGUGUGAGAGGAGGGGAUCAGGAAACUCUCCCCAAUGUAGCUGUUAUCAUGGAAACAGAUGCAGGCAUGGAAGCUUGGUUGACAAUGGAAAUGCAACAUAUAGCUAACUUGGAAGAAGACAUGGAGUUUCUCAGAUUAGCUUUGCCUAAUCCUAGUCUUUCAAACAUUUAG